UCUAGUGAUGGGAUUGGAGAUCGACGGUCAGGAACUCAGUACGGGUAAAGCAUAACCCUUUUUUACUUCGGAGUUCGUAGAGAGCUGUGACGACCGCGGAUUUCCAUUUAGUCAGAUUUUCGCUCUUUCUCUCUGUCGCAUUCGUUGGUUGUCGGAGGUUGUGCUGCAAUGGCUGAAGCGAAACAAGGAUUGAGGAAACCAGUAUUCACCAAGGUAGCCCAGCUCCGCCCAGGUACUUCUGGGCACACUCUGACGGUAAAGGUUGUUAAUACUAAGAUGGUGUUACAGAAGGGUCGUGCCGAUGACCGUCAAGCACGCCAAACGCGAAUUGCUGAAUGCUUGGUUGGUGAUGAAACCGGAUUGAUUAUCUUCACAGCUAGAAACGAUCAAGUGGACUUGAUGCAAGAAGGUUCUACCAUAACCCUGCGGAAUGCCAAGAUUGACAUGUUUAAAGGAUCAAUGAGACUUGCUGUGGACAAGUGGGGCCGUGUCGAAGUUGCUGAACCUGCCAGUUUCACGGUUAAGGAAGAUAACAACCUCUCCCUGGUUGAAUAUGAACUUGUCCAAGUUUUUGAACAGUAACUUGUUUGGAUGGAGUUCGGUUCUCUACCUUGUCUUAACCGAAAAAUAAAAACAACCCUAAGAAAAAAGUUCUGUGCUGAUAUGGAGCAUCUAAUCUCCAAAAUGUUCUCGGAAGUUCACUUUUAGGAAGAAGAAAUCUUGAAACUGGUUCUACCCGAGUCUUUUCUUACGUUUGCAGCUAAUCGUGAUGGAGCUUUGGUUGGAUUGCCAAUUAGAUGGCGAUGGCUGUAAGUUUUUGAACAUGAGGGAACUGGCUUUCUCUGUUUUACUAUCUAUUUACAUUUGGAAAAGUACAUAUGGGAUUAAUGUUAUGGAAUAUGUCUAAUACUUUUUGUAA